AGCUUUCCCCUCCCUCUCACCUCACAGAAACCAUUUUAGUUCCUAUUUCGGAGCUACUUCGCAGGUGCCACGGGCGAUUUGUCGUUACGUGGUGGAAAUAGUAACAUUCAGAGGAGAGUAGGUGAAUUUUGUAGAAGGCGUGGAAGUAUUUGCAGUCGUGAAAACAUAGGACGAGUGUUAUGAACGUGCCGCCAGCGAUGGCCACGUCUUGUAAGCUUUUUUCUCUGUACUAGGGCGAGGCCACCGGGUGCUAAGUAAGAUGUGGUGUGUGGGACUGAACGUGUUCUUGCUAUUGCGAUUCACAUCGCAGUGGCAGGGAGGAGGUUGCACACUGUGAUCAAGGUGUGGUGUAGUAGUUGCAGAACUUGUUUCGUCACUGCCAUUAGUUUGAUUGCUUCUCUGGUUUGAAAUACUGUAGGUGAUUGGUCUCACAUCUAGGGGAGUGAGGAAGAAGAGUGGGAGGUUUUUUGGGGCUAGGCGAUUGGAAGGAGAAGGGGCGGCAUUUUGAUUUGUAGCGGGGUUUGGUUUCAGGGAGAUGGGUAAGUUGCAGCCAGGAUGAGUUUUGAGAAGAGUGGGUUGCUUUGACUGGUAGAGUUGAAUUGAUUGUAGAAGUCAUACUGUAGAUGUCAUCGGGCUACAGAACAUCUUGGAGCACAAGUUUGCAGAAAGACUACUAUUGUAGGUAAUUGCGUAGCUUAUCAAGGGGUCACUCGGUGACCUAGUUGAGGAUGACCAUGGCGUCGGAAGAUGGAACGAGGCAACAGCAUUACUUGGAGCCAUCAUUUAGUCUGAUGAGGAAGCUAUGGAGAAUCAGCAGAAUGUACUUCUAUGGUGACCGCAAGUCGAAAGCCAGAUUCCUUCUCGUCAUCGUUCUUAUUUUGUGCGCCGUCUGCGCAGGCUUGUUUGUAGUGAUGUCAUAUGUACAGAGGGACUUUUCAUCCGCCCUUUCCGGCAAGGAUAUUCCCGGAUUUUAUAGAGCCAUUUGGAAAUUUGUGGGGAUUAUUGUGAUCGCAGCUCCGUUGUACGCAUAUUACCACUACAUGCAGGAUCUGCUUAGUCUUGAGUGGCGGGUGUGGCUAACUGAAUACCUUCUCUCCAGUUAUUUCUCCAACAGGGCAUAUUUUGAUUUAAAAAUGGAUGGAAAGCUUGACAAUCCAGAUCAACGAAUCUGUGAGGAUGUAUCCAGCUUUGUCCGGAACACUCUGGAUAUUAUAAUCUUGAUUUCAAGCCAGUUUCUGAACAUCAUCGGCUUCACCGGAGUUCUUUGGUCCAUAGCUCCAGAGUUGGUUUACAUCUUGAUUGGGUACUCGGUAUUAGGGACUGUUGUUACUGUCAAAGGGUUCGGAAGUCGACUGAUGAGACUGAAGUUUCAGGCUCUUCAAAGAGAGGCUGAUUUCAGGUAUUCUCUUGUACGAGUGCGUGACAACGUCGAGUCCAUAGCUUUUUACGGUGGUGAAAAUCACGAAGCUGCCACGAUUAAGAAAUUUUUAGCAUCUAUGGUGGCAAAUUUUAGAGAAAUUAUUCUGUGGAACCGGCACUUUUCUCUCUUCAACAAUGUAUACGAAUAUGCCAUGAUCAUUGUUCCAUCCAUUGUAAUUGCUCCUCGAUAUUUCUCUGGGGAGGUACAAUUUGGUGUGAUUUCGCAAACCGGUUUUGCAUUUCACAGAAUUUUGAACGCUCUUUCUAUCAUCGUGUUCAAGUUUGACAGUCUUAGUGGACUCGCAGCUCAGACCGAAAGACUGGAAAGCCUUCUUUCAGCUCUUGACGAUCACAGUGGAGACGUGCGUUUAAUGAAACGCCAUUUGGGGAAGACUUCAUCUGCUAUUGGUCUGAACAUUGACAAUGAUGGCGAUGACACGCCUUUGUUGAACAUGAGACCAGAACAUAUUUCGUCUGGUCUGUCCUCUCACACCAUGAAACGUGAAACCAAUGUUGUGAAUAUCGUCCCUGAAGCUGUACCUUCUGGGUACAUAUCAAGGGAAGUCGGUCCAGGCCUGGUUCUGAAGGACGUCUCAAUUUUAACUCCCAAUUUAAAGACUGUUCUUUUUACAGAUCUAAAUUUUCAGCUAGCCCCUGGAGAGUCACUUCUUGUUAUGGGUCCCUCUGGAUGCGGAAAAUCCUCAUUGCUUCGAGCAAUUGCAGGUUUGUGGAGUCGAGGAAGUGGUAUUUUGCAGAGUCCCCUCAGGUCUGAAACAUUCUUUUUGCCUCAAAAACCAUACAUGCCGUUGGGAACUCUACGUGACCAGCUUCUCUUCCCAGUACUAUCAAGUAACUCAAAUGCAUCCAGCAUGCAUAGCGACGGUGAUCUGUACGAGGCACUGGAAGAGGUGAAACUGCAGGAAUUACCGGCACGAGUUGGAGGACUAGGAGCAGUGAAAGAUUGGUCUGACACUCUCAGCGCUGGGGAACAGCAACGGUUAGCAUUUGCAAGGUUGUUUUUGCACUCCCCGAAGGUUGCAUUUUUGGAUGAAGCAAGUAGUGCUCUUGAUGCAAACAAUGAAACACGUCUUUAUGAGUUGUUGUCAAAGAAAUUAGAAGCAUAUGUUUCAGUGGGUCAUCGAACCUCCUUAGUCAAAUUCCAUACCUUUGUGCUGGAAUUUAGGGACUAUCACAGCUGGAAAUUCUGUCAUCGAAAUGAAUUUGUCUCGAUUUAGGAUUUCCUUUUUUUAUAUCAGCUUGCAGAGAUAUACGAUCACGAAUGUUUUGUAAUUUAGAAUGGCACUGAGGAAAGGCCUGUGCCUUGAGAGACAGCCGUCAUCCAUUGUUCUUCUUUUCCUUUGUUUUUCACAAAGAUUCUAUGCUUAGAACCGAGUGUUUUGAUCCAAUGCUGCAUUUUGAGUAGUAUGGAUUGGUGCCGAAUGGGCCUAAAGAAUGGUUUUCUUAGUAACCUGUUCAAGGUACACGAUCCUGUGAAUUCAGGAAUUUACAUGAAGAUUUUGUCAACCUUAACAAAAUGUUAGUGUGGGAGA